CACCAUAACUGGGAAGGUACCAGAGGUAAAGUGCUCCUGCGGUAAGAUCUGCAAGAACUUAAGGGGCCUCAAAAUACACCAGGCCAAGACCAAGUGUGGGAAGGGGGAAACACAGGUGCAGCGCACAGACUUAAAGUCUGGUGAGACGCAGGAAAUCUCCAGUCAGGAAGCACCCCACAGUGCUGGAGAGUUCUCGGCACCAUUGUUACCCACAUCCCAAGGGAGUACUGCCAUAGAGGACAUACCCCAGCCUGAACCCAUGAAGGAGAGGAUCAAGUGGCCAAAGAUGCCCAACAUUGAGUGGGUCAGCUUUGACAAGGACGUGGAUAGAAUCCUUGAAGCCACACUAGCGGGAACAGCAGAGCGAAAAGUGAACUGCCUCACUGAGAUCACGUACAACUUAGCAAAAGAACGAUUCGGAACAAUAGAAAGAAAGCUCAACAUCAAGGCAGGAAAACAACCAAACAGAAGAGAGUGGGAGAUCCACAACAUAAGGCAAGAGAUCAACAGCCUUAAUAGGAGGUACAAAACAAGCAGCGCUGAGGAAAGGGAAGGGAUAAAAGAUCUCACAGGCUGCCUUCGGGAGCGCCUCUGCAGACUAAGAAGGGCAGAAAGGGCAAGGAAGCGGAGCAAGGAGAAGGAGAAGAGGAGGGCCCAGUUCAUAAAGGAUCCCUACAACUUCACCAGGUCCUUGCUGGGAGAAGCAAAAUCUGGGAACCUGAUUACCCCUAAAGAGGAUGUGGAGGCAUUUCUCAAGGAGACGCACAGGGACCUAAACAGCCGUCUACCCCGAGACGAACAUCCCGAAAUUGGCACGACAGAGCCCCCCACUAUCAUUCUCAACACCAACGGACCAACCUGGAAGGAAGUCCAGGAUGUGGUUAAAAAGGCAAGAGCAGCUUCAGCCCCAGACCCCAGUGGCAUACCCUAUAGGGUAUACAAGAAGUGCCCAAAGCUCCUCCGGCGGUUAUGGAAACUGCUGUGGAGGACCUGGAAUAAAGGCACUGUUCCAACAAGCUGGCAGAAGGCGGAAGGAUGCUUUGUCCCUAAAGAGGAAGGCUCAUCAAAUAUAAGCCAAUUCCGUACCAUCUCCCUACUCAGCGUCGAAUGUAAGAUCAUCUUCUCAGUGCUGGCAAAGAGGAUGACCACGUACCUGAUCGAAAAUGGAUAUGUGAACACCUCUGUCCAAAAGGGAGGGAUUCCAGGUUUUGCAGGAUGCCUGGAACACACAGGAGUCCUAAGCCAGAUGAUACAUGAAGCCAGGUCAAAGAAGAGUGACCUGACAGUAGUCUGGCUGGACUUGGCUAAUGCCUACGGGUCCAUUCCCCACGACUUGAUCAGGACAGCUUUGGAGCACUACCAUAUCCCAGAUCACAUCAAGGGACCAUACCAUAUCCCAGGCCAUCAGACAGGGGCAUGA